GAUUCUGCUUCUAUACAUUCUAGACAUGCACUAAAAGUAUUCAAAAACGGUAUGCCAACUUCAAAGAAUGAUUCACCUUUAGCAUCGGAUAUAAGUAUUCCUGCCAAUGAUCAACAGAGGAAUUGGACGAUGGAACAGAAUGCAGCCGCAGGAACACUAUCAGAAGAAGAGGCUGCUCAAUGGAAACAAUUCCGUAAUCGGACGUUACUACGGGCUGCUCUACAAUUCACAGUACUUUUGAUCAUUUGUGCAAGUUUGUUAUUCCUAACACUCUAUUUCGUCCUUCCAAAGAUCGAUGAUGCAGAUCGUGCAAAUCUCAAGAUCCCAAGAUCUUUCGAACAACUCAAAGCACUCAAUGCUGUUUUACAAAGAUACAAGGAUGAAUACUUCUUCCGUGUAAUGUUUUGUUGGAUCGUGAUUUAUAUGUUCCUUCAAGCAUUCUCAAUCCCUGGAUCGAUGUAUAUGAGCAUCAUCGCAGGCGCAAUGUGGGGCGUUCCUUUGGCAUUACCAAUUGUUUGUGCAUCCGUUGCAACUGGUGCGACGAUUUGCUAUUUGAUUAGCAUGUACCUUGGAGCAGUUUUGGUCGCAAUGCCCAAAUGGAAAGCUCGCGUAGAUGCUUGGGGUGAAGUCUUGGCACAGCAUAACGAUAAUAUGAUGAGUUAUAUGAUCGUCAUUCGAAUGAUGCCACUUCCGCCGCACAAUGUUGUCAAUAUCAUGGCACCGCAUUUGGGUAUCGGUAUUCCGCUCUUUUGGACAUCGACUUUCUUUGGCAUUUUUGCCGUUUCGGUUAUUCAUGUCACGAUUGGAGAAAAGUUGGAUCAAAUGACGUCUGCCGAUGAUUUCCAUUUGUUUUCGUUUAGGAACGUUUUACUUUUGGGCGGCGUGAUUGCUGCUGUUUUGACGCCUGUCAUUAUCAAAAAGUAUUCU